AUGGUUCAAGCUCUGGUGUUGGCUUUACCAAAUUUCACAUUGCCCUUUGUGGUUGAAGUAGAUGCAAGUGGUCGAGGAAUUGGGGCAGUGCUGGCCCAAGGGGGCAGGCCCAUCGCAUUCAUUAGCCAGUCUUUGAGCCCAAAACACUUGGGAUUUUCAAUGUAUGAAAAAGAACUAAUAGCAUUACUAUACGCAGUCGAGAAAUGGCGCCACUAUUUGCAACCUAACCAUUUUCUGAUCAAGACCAAUCAUUUUAGCCUCAAAUUCUUAAAAGAUCAACGGGUUGAGAAUGUUGCUGCUGAUGCAUUAUCCAGAAGAUUUGAUGAAACUGACUGUAAUGGAAUCACUGAUGUGCAACCAAGUUGGGUUUUGGAUGUCAUUUCAAGUUAUGAAAUGUGCAACCAACAGGCCCAGGACCUCAUAGCCCAGCUCAGUGUUAAUCCAAAUUCAAUCCCUUAUGUCCAGUUGCAACAAGGAAUACUUAGACAUCAAGGUCACAUCUGGGCUCUAUACAGCUAUGAUCCACCACAACUCACAUUCGAGUUAGUUCUUCAAACAAAACUUGACGUUGUAGAUCAAGUGCUCCGUGACCGUCACUUGCUAGAUAAAGUGUUAAAAGACAACUUAAUCAGGGCUCAGAAUCGGAUGAAGAAUUAUGCGGAUACCAAGAGAAGCAAGAGAGUAUUUGAAGUUGGGGAUUGGGUGUUCUUGAAAUUGCAAUCAUACCAUCAAAGUUCUGUAGCUAUUCGCCAGAAUCUGAAACUGUCGGCGAGGUUCUUUGGUCUUUAUGAGGUGCUACGCAAGCUGGGCUCUGUUGCUUAUAAGUUGAAAUUACCUCCCGGAUCCAAGAUUCACCACGUUUUUCAAGUCUCAUAG